UGGAGCGUGGUUGGAAUGGUUUGCCGCUGCAGGGAGGGAAACCGCACCACGGCACCAGCGCUAUGAAAAGCGAGUAAUGACGCGAAUCAUACCGAUUUUCCACACAAGAACGUGGACACGAAAAGAAGAAAUCCUAUAAUUCCCGAUCCACUAAAGAAUGAAAACCGGCACAAGAACACUUUCCCUUGUGAAAUUCAAGGAAAGCGACCCUCCUGCUUUGUGCGAACCAGCCCGUCUCAUCAGAUGAAAGGAUAAAAAACACCGCGAUUCAUUGUGUCAACCAGACAGAUUGGCGAGACAGUAACUACAACCAUCUCGCUGUUCCAUGUCUUCAUUUGACAGUUGCUCAUUGUUUUCUACCGAAUCCACUCGCGUGAUGCUUUGGCGCUGCUUUGCUUUGAAGGACUGAAGAAAACGACUGCGUGGAAAUAUGGGUGAAGUUCAGGACGUAAAUAAUAUGAAGAAGGUCUUCGUUACUCCAGCUAUCAAGUCUUUUGAACACUAUGACUUCUCUCGUGCUAAAAUCUGUUGCAGUCUCUCAUGGCUUCUGUCCAAAGCAUAUGGGAGAGACAGCAUCCCAGCAGACAUAAAAGAGCCCUUCUACACAGACCAGUAUGAGCAGGAGCACCUGAAGCCUCCUGUAGCCAGUCUCCUGUUGUCUGCAGACCUCUACUGCCAGGCCGCCAGCCUCAUUCUGAAGAACAAUCCAGCUGAGCUUCUGCUGGGCCACGAUGCUGUCAUUCAGGCUUUGGGCCAGCGAGGUCUCUAUGUCACUGACCACGACAGACUUGUCACUGAGAGGGACCUUCGAAAGAGGCCUCUGCAAAUGAGUGCCCAUCUGGCAAUGAUCGACUCUCUGAUGAUGGCGUACUCAGUGGACACUUUGAUUGUGGAGAAGGUGAUGGUCAGCAUUCGGCAGUAUUCAUCCUGCUACUCUGAAGAGGAAAUGCCAUACGACACAGAGGAUGCCGUCACCACCUGGAUCAACAAGAUUAACGAGUACCUCAAAGACACUCUGACUCAGGAAGAGAAGAAAAAGGAGACACAAAGUGCAGAGACUGCAGAAAGUCCUCGGUCUCCAACCAAGUGGUACAUGAAGCUUGUGCCUGCCCGGUACAGGAAGGAGCAGAGCAGCAGCCAGGUGAGUCCCUGGAUCCCCCCAGUGGACAACCUGCUGAAGGACAGCACAGAUGGAUCAGCACUGGGUGCUAUGCUUCACUUCUACUGCCCCCAGCUGCUUUCUCUCGAUGAUGUUUGUCUGAAGCAGAACAUGACGCUGGAGGAUCGUCUCCACAACGUGCAGCUCAUUCAGGAUUUCUGUAGAGACAACCUGGAAGGCUGCUGCCAUUUCAGUUUGGAGGAUAUGCUCUAUGCCUCGUCCACCCUCAAGAAUAACUACUUGGCGUUCAUGGGAGAGCUCUUUUGGUGGUUUGAGGAGGUCAAGCCCUCUUUUGUGAAGCCGAAAAUUUGGAACAAUGAAGCCACAGAGCUCUCAUUCUUGUUGAAGAAUAUCCCAGCUGUCCCAAUAUCUAAAGCAACCAAAAGGAGCUUCAUGGAAAGAUCCCCCAGUCCUGAAAGACCAAGUUUGCCCCUGCGACCCCAGCCUAAAAAUUCAGGUGAGAUCAAGAAAUCGACUUCGAUGUCCUUUGUUGAUAGCAGCCUUGGUACCUGGCCCAAAGAAAAAAGGCCUGGGCCUUACGGAGUAUCCUUUGACAUUCCCUUUGACAAAGAGGAAGCUGCUUCUUCUUCCCAUGCUGCCACACGCGGUAUGGUCAGGUCCAUUAGUACUGAUGACGGUUCUGGUUUUAAGGUCCACCACCUUCCUCAUGGGAUGAAGCGGAACCUUUCCUUCCAACCAGUCAAUGGCAAGAGCCUUGGCAUCGAGGAGGAGGGUUGCCCAGACAGUCUAGCUGGUAUGGACCCUGAAAGGCGAACCUACCCUAGUGGAUCUAGCAAAGUCACCAUAACAACUCCCUCCAUAGAGGAGGCCCUCCAGAUAAUUCACAGCCCAAGUAGGCCCCCCGUGGAAGGUAUCAACAAUGGCUUCUUCCUGCACAGUCCAGAACUUGGAACUGACCUUAGUAGCUUGGAGCCGUUGUCCGAGUUGGACACCAAAGGACCUUUGAGCCAGACAGACACCACAGAGGUGGACACUGGCAUCCACAUUCAUACAGAGGACAUGCUGGAUGAGGAUUCAUCACUGAAAGAUUGCUCUGUGAACAUGGAGCUUGAUAUGGAUACCCCAAGCCCUUGCCCAAGCAGUCAGAGCAAAUCCCCCACAGCACUGAGGAUGACCAACUUUGCUGAACAGAAGAUGAAGAAGAUCUUUCCAUCAGCACCAGACUCAGGCAUGGAGAGCAGCACCUCCCUUAAAACUACUCCAGAGGGUUCGGAUUUUGGUUUACCAUUAUCCGUUUCAUGGGCCCCCACUCCAGAACACAGCCCCAUCCGUCAACAAACGCCAAACGCCCCUACUAAGGUGUCGCCUGUCCAGCUUCCACACAAUGACCCUGCUCAGGUCAUGGCAACUGAAAUGGUUGAGCUGAGGAUGCGCUUGGAGGAGAAACGAAAAGCCAUUGAAGCGCAGAAAAAAAAAGUGGAGGCAGCUUUUACUAGGCACCGUCAAAAGGUGGGUCACUCUGCCUUUCUCAGUGUGGUAAAGCGAAAAGGGGACGGAGCUGCAAGUGGAACAGAGGAAGGAGGGAAGGUUAAGGAUGAAGGCAACGCUGUGAGUCCCACCUUGAGGUGUGGUCGAAGCAGUGCAGACACACCUGAUGGGGCGGAGCAAAGCAGCACAAGCUCCUGUUGGCUAAGGUCUCCUGGUGGAGGUGGUCAAGGGCACAUCCAGGUUACUGAGGCGGAUCUUACAGAGUAUACGCGAUCCAUCGAGAAGCUCAAUCAUUCUUUAGCCUUCCUCCAGACCGAGAUGCAGAGGCUAGCACAGCAGCAAGAAGUCAUCAUGGCCAUGAGGGGGCAGCAACAUCAGCAGUCAUGGGUCAUCCCUCCCUCUCACACAAACCCCUCGGCGCAAAAAUACGGUAGAGGCGGCAAUGUGACUCGAUCCUCAGGACCCUCUUCACCGGCAGACUCCCCUAGCUCCGCCCACCGCUCUCCAACCAGCAUCAAGCGUAAAUCCGCCUCCUUCCACUCACGUAAUCCCCGCACUUCUCGCCCUAAUGAGCUCAAGUUGGCCCCUUACAACCGUGUCCUCACCGCCCCCCAAUCUGUGGAUAGUAUCCCCAGACUGCGACGCUUUUCUCCCCGUUUGCCGACAGCCAGCUCCUUUGUUUACAUGGGUGAGAAGGCUGCAGCCGCCAGUCCUGAGCCAGUCAACAAGCAGACAGACACACUCUUCUCCCCAGACAAAGAGCUCAGUGCCGUUUGUGCAUUUCCUCCCAGUUCGCUCAAAGAGCAAACACAAGUGGACUCAUAUGAUAAAAUCCAGGAGCCAGAAGCUCCCAGCCAACUAAACACCACUGAUAUGGAAAAAGUAGGAGUCGAUCUCAAACCUGCACAGUCGUCAUUCGCUGAGGUUUUGGCACACCCGGUGGUAGAGACCUUCACGGUAACCCGCACAGACAUCCCCACACUGCCGGAAGUCAAGGCCAACCUGAUGGAGGUUCCCCUAACAGUUGUGAAGCCGCUAAAGGAUUUGACGCUGGAUGACAGCUUGGAGAUGGAGCUCAGAGCUGUGGAAGGCCAUGAGGAUGAACAGAGGAUGCAUUGCGGCUUCUUCUUCAAGGAGGAUGGAAAGGCAGAGGAAAACAUGGCUCAAAAGAGGGCGGCACUGCUAGAGAAGAGGAUGCGAAGGGAGAAGGAAAGCCAGCAGAGGAGGGUGCACCAGGAAACCGAACUGGAGCAAAAGAAAGAGGAGGCUCGGUUGAAAGCAGAGGAGGAGCGUAUCCGAAAAGAGGAAGACAAGGCCAGGAAGGAGUUCAUCAAGCAGGAGUAUCUUAGAAGGAAGCAGCUGAAGCUGAUAGAGGACAUGGACACAGUCAUUAAAUCUCGACAAGUUGCCGGCACAAAACAAAGACGAGGCCGACCCAAGUCCGUCCGUCGCGACAGCAUUGACUCCCCAAAAACUCCUGCCAGAGCUGCCACAGUCUCCAGUUUGUCCCUGGCAUCCCUCAACUUGGGAGACAGCGAUAGUAUAAACUCUGAGAAAAGAGCACAAAGGCCAGAUUCGGCAGAUGGCUUCCCGUCCCCGAGUCGCAAUAGCAGCAGAAAUGGAGAGAAGGACUGGGAAAAUGGAUCCACAACCUCCUCUGUUACAUCAAUCACAGAGUACACAGGACCGAAGCUCUACAAGGAGCCAAGUGCAAAAUCAAACAAGCACAUCAUCCAGAAUGCAUUGGCCCACUGCUGCCUUGCUGGCAAAGUCAAUGAAGGACAAAAGAACAAGAUCCUGGAGGAAAUGGAGAAAUCAGAGGCCAACAACUUCCUGGUUUUGUUCCGAGAUGCCGGCUGUCAGUUCCGCUCCCUUUACACUUACUGCCCCGAGACCGAGGAGAUCCACAAGCUCACAGGCAUCGGCCCCAAGAACAUCACGCGCAAGAUGAUUGACGGCCUGUACAAGUACAACUCUGACAAGAAGCAGUUCAGCCUGAUACCAGCUAAGACCAUGUCAGCCAGUGUGGAUGCUGUGACCAUCCACAGCCAUUUGUGGCAAACCAAGAAGCCAGCCACCCCCAAAAAAGUAGUGCCUGCCCCCCAGUCCUGAUGGAACCUGAACAUAACCAUUUCAGUUUGAACUUUCACUGUAUAUUCUCUUGAUGAUUCAAACACCUGCAAUGCCAGUUAAAUCUGUUAUUUUAUUUCAGUUAUGUCAGAUUCUCAUCCCCGUGGUUCUUACUUCCCCACUACAAAAUGGCACCCAAGUGGAAUGUAAGCCACUGACAAAGAAUGAUGUAAAUAUCGUACCUCUUUUUAAAGACAAGUCAUGUAGGACAUAAAGGCACGUGUGAGUACUGUUUUUAUUUCCUUUGUGCCAAAAGUAAAAAUCAAGACAAUAUGAAUGCUAGGACAUUUUACUCAGAACACGGAAGCACUGAAUGUUUUUAAUUCAUGUACAGAUAGAUUUUCAUUCGCAAUAAGUUUGUGCGGCCUUACACGCCUUAGGUUUUAGCGUGUGAGUGCAGCGAGCUGAUUGUAAAGCCGCAUUCAGAGAGACUUUUUUUGUAGGUACAAUUUGGAAGAAGCCUUUUUGUUGUUAUUUGUGCACAAACGUUUGUAUAUUAAGGUACGUAAAUCUAAGGGCCAAAAAAGAUUGAUUCCAUACAGCUAGCGUUCGCCACACAGCACGUGUGUGUUCAACUCAACAAAGUCAGACGGUUUCAGCUUUUACACAACCAUUUUCUUAGGAAGAAUGUAGGCCAUCUCUCCUGAUGAGAGUCUUCUUGGCUAUCGAGAUGUGUGAAAAUAUUUGUUGUAGGUAGUGAUUGAUCCUCUUUCUUGUAUUUGAGUAAAUACAGUAGAAUUCAUCCCUUUGUGAUUUCUUUGCACUUACCUCUACAGUAUUUCACAGGUAUGAAUUGUUUACCAGAUCACAGAAGUAGCUGAGGAUUACAAGUCAAUAUUUCAACCUUUCUUCAAUAUCAAGAUUUAGGAAAAUGCGCUUUUAUUGUCAUGAAGACAUUCACUGGAUGGAAUUUGACCAAGUUAAGUCAGCAUUUUGUAAGAAAGCAAGAAGCAUAUUGGUUUUGAUUAAUAUGUGUCAUACAACGGCUAAAUUCAAAGAUCGAUUCUGUACAUGACGGUUUUUAGCGCACUACCACCACUGAAAAUUGGUCUUCAAACUUUUUGAGAGCUUUUUUAUAUCAAAGCAAGAACUGUUGUUUUUAUGUAGAGUAUAUGCAACAUAUAGAAGAACCCUAUUGUUUUUUUAUUUGGGUUAGCGUUCAGGUUUUACGUAGUUUUACGUCACCUUCCAUUUUCAAACAAUUUCUUCACCACUAAUCAGUGAUAGCUUCAUUUGUGACAGUUUACCAUUUAUGCUUCUGUUCAGAAAAAUUAUGUAUAAUCACUCAUGGUGGAAUCUGUCAUACAGACUGAUAUCCAGCAUAAUGACACCUAAGGAGGAUUUCCGUGCCAGUAAGUUGUAAACUGGUAUUUUCUUAGAGUAAUAAAUUGUAGAUUCACAGACACAAAGCUAGAAAGCUGAAUGACAGUCAUUGUUGUAAUAUACAGUAAUAGCAUAUGUAUUUAGAAGGACACCCUGUUAAACCAAAUGAACGUCAUGAGAAAGGUGUGUUCUAGUUGUAACAUGUUUAUAUUUUUUGUUUAAUUUCUCAUUUUAAUUGUAGGAAAAUCACACAGUGUCGUGAGACAGAUGAUGUUUUGCUACAUACGGGUAACAAUGCACCAUUUAUUUAUUUAUUUAUUUAUUUUUGUUUUAAUGUGAACAAAUCUACUGACAUGAUGCAUCAUUUAAACUUGGGGGGGGGGGGGGCUAUUUAUGACUCAAGGAGCAUGUACUUUUGUUUAAAAUGUGGUCUAGUAUGUCUCUAUUGGUUACUGACCACAAAGGGGAAUGAAUAUGUUAACUAUUAGCUUAUAUUGUCAUGUGAAUUCAGACUUUGCUAUGAUUUAUUCAUUUUUGUUUUUUAUUUUUUGGUCAAUGUGGUGUCAUAAAAGAGCUUGUUGAACAUGUAGUUUGUUUGUUUUUUCUGCAAUGAAUAAACUCAGCAUGGCCCUUAAAAUACA